AUGCGUCUGCCGUCGUUAUUCUCUCAGCUUCCCCUGCUGCUACUUCCCCUUCUCGCGCACGCCGCGCACGACGACCAGCUCCCGCUUGACUCUCCCGCACAUAUCAUGCGCCCCACAUCCUCCGGUGACCACCAAGACUACACAUACAAGCCCACGACGUAUUCCCAGCCUACGCUUGCGGACCUGCUAACAAUCGAGCCCCGCGCAUCGAUCUUCUUCUCGUACGCCCGCGAGACGGCGGCGCUGAGCACGCUCUUCGCAGACGUGAACGGGCGGAGCACAGUGCUGGUCCCCACGAAUCGCGCCGUAAUGGCGCUGGCAAGGAAGCCCCGUUUAGGAGCUGACAUGUUUUCGUCGAUGGACAGGCACCAGGGCCCUACGCCGCCCGACUCGGGCGUGAUCCUUCCUGAAGCAGAGUUCGACACGCUCUCGCGCGAAAACGUCGAGCGGUGGGUCUCCGCGCAUAUUAUACCCAAGUCACCGAUCUCCCUACUUGAUCCCCCAACGCAUGCAACACUGCUGGCCGGGAAGAACGUCUCGUUCCGCUUUGUGGGCGGAGAUGAGGGUGCAGGAGAGUGGGCACGUGUACGACUUGAGGAUGACGUGAGACUUGUUGAUAUGAAGGAGGCAGUGAACGGGGUAAUAUACGUCAUUGACGGGACAGUGAAGUUGGAUUGA